GCCACCGCCCGCCCCGCGCCUCCCGCCGCGCCCGCCCGCUCCCCCUCUCUCCCCGGCACUGCCGCAGAGGCUCCACCGCAACGCGAAGCCCACACAGCCGCUCCGGUCCGCCCCUUCUCUGGUCUGUCACGCUCGGCGGCUCCUCCGGGAGGCUCCUCGCUCCCUCCCGCAGCCUCACGCCGCGAGAAGGAGGCAGCGGCAGCGGAGGGAGCUGCCGCAGCUCUGCACUGCCUGCCCCCGGUUGAAUAUUACAGCUUCACAUGUACUUGAGCUUUUUCUACUGAUGUCCAACACACAAUAGAUACUCCGAAGAGUAUUCAUCAGGUGCCUCUGCAGCAUAACAGCAGUUCCUCUUUGAUACAAGAUGGAGGACACAUACAAAGACAGGACUUCACUAGUGAAAGGGGCGAAAGAUAUUGCCAAAGAGGUGAAGAGGCAAGCAGUGAAAAAAGUGAAUAAAGCUGUUGACAAAGCCCAGGACGGUUACACACAGAGGUCCUACAAUCGAUUCCAGGAUGAGGAAGAUGAUGAUGAUUACUAUGUUCAAGGAGGAAAUUAUGGUGUAGAAGCUAAUGAUGAUGAAGGAUCAAGUGAAGCAACUGAAGGACAUGAUGAAGAUGAUGAAAUUUAUGAAGGGGAGUAUCAGGGAAUCCCCAGCAUGGGGCAGGGAAAGGAGGACAUGGUGGCCUUAGGUCAACCUAUGCGUGAUGAAUAUAAGGAUCGCCAUGAACUGGAAACAGAGAGAAAAGCGGAUGAAGAAGAGCUAGCACAGCAAUAUGAAUUAAUAAUACAAGAAUGUGGCCAUGGUCGCUUCCAGUGGGCCCUCUUCUUUGUGUUGGGAAUGGCCCUGAUGGCUGAUGGGGUUGAAGUUUUUGUAGUUGGAUUUGUGUUGCCCAGUGCUGAAACAGAUAUGUGUAUACCCAAUUCUGGAUCAGGGUGGCUUGGUAGCAUAGUGUACCUUGGGAUGAUGAUGGGGGCAUUCUUCUGGGGAGGCUUGGCAGACAAGGUGGGAAGGAGACAGUCACUCCUGAUAUGCAUGUCUGUCAAUGGAUUCUUUGCCUUCCUUUCAUCAUUUGUCCAGGGCUAUGGCUUCUUCCUCUUCUGUCGCUUGUUUUCUGGAUUUGGGAUCGGUGGAGCACUGCCAACUGUCUUUUCCUAUUUUUCGGAAGUGCUUGCUCGGGAGAAACGAGGUGAACACCUAAGCUGGCUCUGUAUGUUUUGGAUGAUUGGUGGCAUUUACGCUUCUGCAAUGGCUUGGGCAAUAAUUCCUCAUUAUGGAUGGAGUUUCAGCAUGGGCUCAGCCUACCAGUUCCACAGCUGGCGAGUAUUUGUGAUCGUCUGUGCACUGCCCUGUGUCUCUUCUGUGGUUGCCCUGACCUUUAUGCCAGAAAGCCCACGGUUCCUGCUGGAGGUUGGAAAACAUGAUGAAGCUUGGAUGAUACUAAAGCAAAUUCAUGACACAAACAUGCGUGCUCGUGGUCAGCCUGAGAAAGUCUUCACAGUUACCAGAAUCAAAACACCAAAGCAGAUAGAUGAGCUCAUAGAAAUAGAGAGUGAUACUGGAACUUGGUACAGGAGGUGUUUUGUAAGAAUCCGCACAGAGCUGUAUGGUAUUUGGUUGACGUUUAUGAGAUGCUUCAACUACCCAGUGAAGGAUAAUACGAUCAAACUUACAGCUGUAUGGUUCACCCUGUCUUUUGGCUACUAUGGCUUAUCUGUCUGGUUUCCUGAUGUCAUUAAACAUCUGCAGUCGGAUGAGUAUGCAUCCCGAGUCAAACACUUCCGCAAUGAGGAGGUUUCACAUUUCGUCUUCAACUUCACAUUGGAAAAUCAGAUUCACAGCAAUGGAGAAUACAUCAAUGACAGGUUUAUUAUGAUGAAGUUUAAAUCGGUAACGUUUGAAGAUUCGCUUUUUAAGAACUGUGUGUUUGAAGACAUUACUUCACUGAACACAUACUUCAGGAACUGUACUUUUGUGAAUACCACCUUCUACAACACAGAUCUCGAGCAGUAUAAAUUUGUUGACAGUGAACUGAUAAAUUGCACAUUUUUUCACAUCAGGACAGGAUGCCAGAUUUCUUUUGAUGACGACUACAGUGCCUACUGGAUCUACUUUGUUAAUUUCCUGGGAACUUUGGCAGUGUUACCAGGGAAUAUUGUGUCCGCUCUCCUGAUGGAUAGAAUAGGACGGUUAACGAUGUUAGGUGGUUCCAUGGUUCUUUCUGGCAUCAGCUGUUUUUUCCUGUGGUUUGGGACCAGUGAAUCCAUGAUGAUAGGUAUGUUGUGCCUCUACAACGGCCUCACCAUCUCAGCGUGGAACUCUCUAGAUGUCAUUACUGUGGAGCUGUAUCCUACAGACAGAAGGGCAACAGGCUUUGGCUUUUUGAAUGCACUAUGCAAAGCUGCAGCUGUACUUGGAAACCUAAUAUUCGGUUCCCUUGUUGGUAUCACCAAAGCAAUCCCUAUUCUCCUUGCUUCUACUGUUCUGGUAUGUGGAGGUUUGGUAGGACUUCGGCUUCCUGACACAAGAACACAGUUGUUGAUGUAACUGGGACAAACAUUUACUAUUUAUUUCCUUCUUUGUACAAAUGUCAACUCUCCUGACCAAUGGUGCAAAGGCUUCAGAUUCUCAACACAGAGUAGAGCGCUCAAAUGUCAGAAAUUAAACUCAAAAGAUACUUUGGAGUAGCAGAGAUUUAGAAACCUCUGUAUGAAAAUUUAAAUUUCACUUUUGUUUGCUUGCAUACAUUAAUGUUCAAAACCAUUUAACUUUGAACUGCAAAGCUACCUCUUAAAACAGUUUCGGUGACAUAUCCAGGAAGGUAAAAAACAUACUGAUUACCAGAUAUUUAAAAUUAAAGCAGUUACACUAUUUAAAAAAACACAUGCUAAAUUUGGCCACGGCAUUGUGAGCUUUUGUAAUGUACAGACGUGCAAGUCAAUUACUUAGCAGUAUUGGUGCAGAGAACAUUAAUGUAUCGAUGCAUGCAGCAUUUAUCAGGAAACUCUACACUGAGAACACUGAUCUUCUGCAGCUGUGCAUAGGUGGUAAAAACUUGUGGCAACAAAUUUUAGUAAACAUUUUCAUGCAAUUUCAAUCUAAAGUAAAGAUCACCAACUACACCCCAUAUUGACUGAGAAGGCAACAACUACUGUAGGGAAUUUAAAAGUCCAUAUAGGUAUGCAGUAAAGAGAAAAACAAAAUGAACCGUUUCACUCUUUGCUGCUAAUCCUUCAGAAAAAUUUUGUUUUAUUCUCACUUGUGGUAUCUGGAAUAUUUUUUCUAUUUUAAAACUGUGAAUUCAUACAAAUUUAUUUGUUAUUUCAAGUAUGAAUAAAGGAAGAAUCAGGCCAGUGAACUAUAUGGUAAGUAAGAUACUUUCAGAAGUUUGUUUGAUAUUUAUAUAUAUAAACACCUUCAAUUUUUCAUAGUUUGUACACUUCUUAAUAUAACCAUUUUCUCAGCUAAUUUUUAAUAGUUCUAGAGAUGUCUCACCAUUUAAUACUUUCAAGUGUCUCUCUGAAAGGCCAUUCAGAAAGAAGCUAUGGCAAGGCUGUAGGGAGUGGUAAUGUUUUUAUUAGACCAGGAGCAUGGAUGGAGAGUAAAUGGCAGUAAAUCUAUUCCUUCUGUGCUGUAGACUGUUAUGAAAUAUGGUAAAGUUACCCAUCAGUCCUUAUGCUAUGCAAAAGGUUAUGGAAUCUGUUUAAAAUGUUAGCAUUAAAAAUUCAAUACAUAUACAUUUAUAUGAAGUUAUCAAAGAGGCAGAUCCUCUGAUGGCAGAAACUGGCUUUGCUUUCAGUAGAGCUAAGACAAUAUGUAACAGCUGAUGAACUAUCUGCAGUUUCAAGUGUAAAAUAAUAAAUUUGCUAUACAGCAUACAGAAAAAUUUAUCAGGUUUUUUUUUUUUUUGGAUUUAUGUCUGACAACAAUUAUUAGGUGUAUGAAUUGUUGCCAAAGAAAUUAGGCUUUCAGAUGAUGUCAUUGUGUAGUAAAAUGAUUUUUUUCAUUAGUUUUUCCUCUGCUUUUACAUGUGAACUUAGAUUUAGGUACUACUAUCUAUCACUGCAUUCUGUAUCAGUCAUUGUCUUUGCCAUAUUAAAGGAGUCAGUAAAAGUCUACAUAAAAAGAUCACUGAAUACAUUUAAAGUUCACUGUUUAAUCUACUGAUUUUAGGAGAGUCAUUUUCAGUUACUAACAUAUGCCUGUGCUACAUAUUGUAGUACAAAAAGUGUUAGCCCAAGAUGUGGUUUUCUGUUAUUUAAUUAGAAAAGAGUCAGAAUUAAAAAGCAUGAGUAUGGAAAACUAGAGGGCAUUAUUUUCAUAGUGAUAAUUUAAAUAUGUUAUAGUAAGAAAAAAUUUAGGAAAUGUACUUAUUUUGGAGUAUUAACAGUUGA